AUGGGCCAUGACAUGCAAUUUCCCUUUGCUCCACGCUUCAGAAGACUCCACCUCUGGGCAGCGGGCGUGGCGGCAGUGAUUUGUGGCGACUUUGUCGCUUGGCAACCGGCUUUCGCAGAAGGCGUGGACUGUGCAUUGCUUGCCUUCUUCGUGGCUGCGCUGUUUUACAUGCUCUUGGUGAGCAGUCUUACAGAAGUCAUGAGUCGCAUGGGCGAUGCAGAAGGCCCAAGCCAGGUUGCUGCUUGCAUUGGUCCCAGGACUUCCUUCUUGGCUGGGUUCAUUGAGUGCUUGAAGUGUGUUCUUAUUAUGGCAGACAUAAAUGCUGCCAUGGGUGCCCUCAUGGAGGAGCUGACCCAGUCAGAUCCAGAUUUUCAGCCUCUUUGGUGGAUUUUAUUCUCUGCCUUGGUCUUGCUCCUCAACACCAAGCUCAUGGCAAUCUCGGUGCAAGCGCUGGUGGCAAUGACUUUUUGCAGUCUGGCUAUCGUGCUUGCAUACUUUGUGGUCUCGAGUCCACGAACUUUCAAGCAUGCGCAAGAGGCUAUGGCAGGCGGAGAAAUCCUCGAUGAUGUCUCAUUCCUUCACUUUUUCAAGUCACUCCCGGCUGGGAUUUGGUGUUUCUUGGGAUUGGAAGAGAUGCUUUGGCUGGGGAAGUUCUCCGUGGACAUGAAAGCAAAUGUUCCCCGCGCGCUGACCGCUGCCUAUGUGACAUUGUUCAUCCUGGCAAUGCUGACCUUAAUAUGCAGUCUUGCUGCUUCUCCAGGUAUGACAGUCACUGCGCAUGAUAAGUUCCCUUUGUUGGUGGCAUACUUUGACGUGUUCCACGAGACUGCCGUCACGCGUCACUUUGCCUUGCUUCUGUUGUUGGGCAUGAUGGCUUCGCUGCACACAUUCACCUUCGUUGGUGGGCAACUGGUUACGCAAAUGGCUGAAGACUCCUUGUUCCCAGCAUGCCUGGCCCAGCGAGACUCAAAGACAGGAGCUCCAACCUACUCCUCUGCCCUGUGCCUCAUCGUGGCCCUCUUGCUGCUGGAGGUCGUGUUUCAGGCGCUUGAUCAUCAGUAUGAAGAUAUCCAACGGAGCUUCACCAGUGCUGCUUCUGUGGUUGCGCUGGUUGGCUACUUGAUUCAGCUGAGCUGCUUUAUGCUGAUCCGGUGCCGUAGUCCACCUGAGGACUCGAUUUUCUUGUCUCCCUUCGGGGUGCUGGGUGCUGGAACUGCAUUGGCGCUCACAAUUGUGCUGCUCGCCAGUGUGCUGCUGUCACCUUUGUUCUAUCCAUUGAAUUUUGGCGGAGUAAUGCUUUCGCUGGCCAUGCUUCUGCUGGCCUGUUGCCUACACGAAUCCUACAGACAGCAGCAGCGGAAGUCAAUCAGAACUAGCAACAUUAUGCCAAGAACGGAGAGCAGCGAAAGGGACAUCUCCCAGCCACAAGCACAGACGUGA